AUUUGCUUUUCACGAAUUUCUUUGAGAGUGUGAUGUUGGAUGAGCGGCAAGAUGUCUUUAGUUAAUGACAGUGAGACGGCUGCCGAGUAUGUGGAGGUCCUACAGAGGAAGCUGUGGACCCGUGGGGACCACUCGCAGGACGACGAGCUCAGCUCUAUCAUCUACAUGCUGGACAGCCCCCUGUUCAAGCAGCUCCUCACACUGCAGGAGUCUCUACAAGAACUGAAGCAUGUUUCACAGACCCAACCGUUGAGUGAAGAAUCGUUUGACAUCACAGCGUCUGGUGAACUUAUUCUUAACGACGAGGCAGCUAACGGGUUCACACCAGAGCAUGUGGCGGACAGCUCCACCCUCAAACUUAGAGGAGAGCCGUUUGAUCCUGCAGUGACAGACACCCUGGACUAUGGGCAGCAGAGCGAGCUGGAUGUGGCGGUGGAGAAAGUGGCGUCAGGCCGCCCCGUGCACGAGGUGCAGCUGUUCAAACCCGAGAGCCAGUCGCUGGGCUUCUCUGUGGUGGGUGUGACCAAGCCGGACAACGAGGGACAGCUGGGCAUCUACGUGCAGGACAUUCAGCCCGGGGGCAUCGCCGCGCA